UUUCCCUUGUUACACGUCACAGAUAUACGUUGAAAAAAGUGCGACAGGCGUGGGUUUUUAAAUUUUACAGAGAAAAAAAGAAAUUGAACCUCUCUGAUAUAAGUUACAGGAAUAAUGGUGAGGAACUAUGUUAGAAAGAGUAGCAGACAGUCGUGGGAUGAAGUGGCUAUGAGAGACGCACUGAAUUCAAUAAAAAAAAUGGGUUAGGCCUGAAAAAAGCCAGUUUGCAGUUUAAUGUCCCUAAAACCACCCUUCGUCGACGAUACAAAGGUCUCAACAAAUACGCAAAAGGAUCUACAAAAAUAUUGGGACAUUUCACAACAACGUUUUCUGCUGAUAUGGAACAACCUCGUUGAGUACAUAAUAAAAAUGGAGUAUGAUGUUUGGACUCUCAACCUCUGAUGUAAGAAACCUUGCAUUUCAACUAGCUGAUCGAAAUGGAUUAAAAAAUUAUUUCAAUAAAGAAAAACAGAAAGCAGGGAGGGACUGGCUGUACUGUUUUAUGAAGCGACAUCCGGAAUUGUCGUUGAAACAGCCAGAAGCAACUUCAGCAGCUCGGGCCAUGUCCUUUAAUCGAGUUAAUGUGAACAAAUUUUUUGAUCUUCUGGAGCCACUAAUGGAAAAAUAUAAAUGUUCACCAAACAAUAUUUAUAACGUGGAUGAAACGGGUAUAACAACCGUUCAAAGCAAACCGUCAAAAAUCCUUGCCCAAACAGGGAGGCGACAAGUUGGUAGCUUGGUCUCAGCUGAACGUGAGACACUUGUCACUGUUGAAAUUUGCAUGAGUGUAACUGGGGCCUUUAUUCCGCCUAUGUUUAUUUUCCCAAGGGUUAGAAUGAAAAUUGAACUGAUGAAUGGUUCUCCACCAAGAUCAAUUUAUGCAUGUCAUAAAAGCGGUUGGAUGCAAAUGGACUUGUUUGUUUCAUGGUUUAAGCAUUUUGUGAAGUCAUCAGGUGCAUCUAAAGAUAACCCUGUUUUGUUAAUAUUAGAUGGGCAUGCCACACAUACCAAGAAUUUAGAGGUCAUUGAUCUAGCACGGGGAAAAUGGGGUAGUAUUACUAUGUUUACCUCCUCACUGCUCACAUAGAAUGCAACCACUAGAUGUGAGUUUUAUGAAACCUUUAUCGACCUACUAUGACCAAGAACUUGAAAAAUGGUUACGAAAUAAUACAGGUAGUUGUGACAACCUUUAAAAUUGCUGAACUUUUUGGUAAAGCAUAUAUGAAAUCAGCUACGGCCUUAACUGCAGCCAAUGGAUUUCGCAGAACCGGAAUAUAUCCUACCGAUAGAGAUGCGUUUUUACCACAUGAAUUUGCUGCAGCUGAUGCAACUGACAUAGCUUGCCCAGAACACCUUGCAACGUCCUCCAAUGGGGACAAAAAUCAAGCUAUGUGCAAAGAGCAACAUACUACACACACACUGUUAUCAGCAUCUCAGUCUAGUCCUGAUGCACCGACAGAGCCUACCUCACUGGUAGCGGCAUUACCUUCAGCCUUAACUACUGUACAAGAUGAGCCUAUGGCAGUGGUACCAACAUCUGCUCUAACACCAACAACGUCAAUAGAUAUCGUACCUGAACUAACUCAGCCAGUGGUAUCUACUUCCAGUUGUGCCCUACCCGUGGAAAUAGUACCUCAAGCAACACCCUCUACCUCGACAUCAGCCAUACCCCAGCUUAAUGCAGUGAAAGCAAUGUAUCGGCCAACAGCUCUUUCAAAUGAUUCAAUUUCAUACAUAUCACCUUUUGAAAUUUUUCCACCUCCAAAAGCAACCAGAACUAACCGAAAACCAAAUGUAAGACGGGGUACAACAGUCAUUCUCACAAGUAGCCCAUACAAAGCGACACUUAUUGAAUCAAAGAAGCUAACCUCUACGAAAACAACAAGCAACACCUUGACCUCGAAAAAAACAAAUUUGAUGAAAAACACCACUAAGCGUUCUGUUAAAACCACUCCCAAAACAACAUUCGGCCUACCAAAAAAGUGCAAGACGUCUACUCCGGUAUAUAAUCAUUCAUCAAAUGAUGAGGCAAAUGAUGCAGAGUGCAUUUACUGCAAUGAAUGGUGGAGCAGAAGCAAACAGGAUGGUAUAAUACAGUGUGGAAAGUGCACGAAGUGGUCUCACUCAGCGUGUGCUGGUAUUGAUGAAAAUUAUGACGACGUCAGUUUUACAUGUGACUUUUGCCUUUGAGAAGCUGUUUGUGUUAGACAACUGUGUUUGGAUUGUUCUAGUUUCUUAGUUUUGAACCUUAAAUACAGUUAUGAUGAUAUGUAGCCUAACGAUGUGUUUUUUUCUCAAGAAAUCAUCUAUGGGGGCAAUAUGGAACCUUGGUUGCCAUUUUACCCCAACUAUGGGGCAAAAUGGUUUCUCACUCGCAAAUUUUGUUUGUUAAAUAUUUGUUUUUGGUUUAGAUUUAGGCAUACAAUGCCUAUACCUACUUAAAUACUUGAACUUCAUAAACGUAUAUCACACUUGAUUAGUAUUCUACUAUGUUUUGUUAAACCGUAUUGCAGCACGGAAGUUCAGUGUUCCAUUAUGCCCCACUUUCCCCAUUUGGAGCCAAAAUGCCAUCGCGCAUGAACUAGGACGUGUAUUCUGAUAUCAAUUUAAAUAUGCCGCUUAUUUUCCUGUCAAAUAUACUCGAUCACCUUUUCUGUGCAUUCCAUGCUUUAAACUAACAAAACGAAAAAAAAGAAGAAAAAAAAAAGCUGCAUCACCGCAUCUAUUUGGGGACUUUGGUGCGACCAGAGACCGAUUUUAUUGUUGUUGGCCUUGGGCUACUACGAACAUUCGGAUAACAAUGCACACCUUGUUUAUACAGACAUUGAUAUUCUAAACAGGGAAAUAGCUUUAAUAUGUCUUUUUUUUUCAUGAAAGGUGUUGUAGUCAUAUGUUGGUUGAUACGUUGCAUAUAUAUAGAAGUUGGAGACACCCAACGUUAAUGGGGUCUAUUUGGUUCUAUAUACUUUCGCCUUUGGAAAGUAAUACCUAUUUCCAAGAGCGAACCCGAGCGAGGUGAAGGAGGGGGUGGGGUGGGGUGGGGUAAUUGGGGUGGGAGGUCUCGAUGUGUGUGUGUAUGGGGGGGGGGGGGGGAGCUGUCGGGAGUCUCGAUACCUUUGCUUCCGAUUUUGUUUUACUCAUUUAAAAUGCACAAAAGUUCUUUAGUCUUCUUCUAUUUAUUAUCAUGUAUAUAUAUAGUAGUUUUUACCCCCCAUCCCCCGAGUCCCCUCUCUACAAAAAAUACUGGACCCGUGCCUGGUAUCUCACCUUCUACGAGUCUCUUCCAUCCCACAAGAAACGAAAUUUGUAUUUGAAUUGAAAACUAUUCUGCUUUGUUUACUGAAACUUAAUCUACAACACCCACAAACGUCUGUUGACAGCGAUGGACGUUUUUGUGUUGUGAACACCUCCCCCAGCUUGGAGUACCUGUCAACAAACUAAACUGUGUGAUGUAACCACAAUGGAUCAAGGGUCUCACACAGGGAUACGUUACACCCGGGCCUAUAUUGUUAUUAAUUGAGUCUAGUCGCGCGAUUUCUAAUGACGCCCAUUCAGUGGUUGGUGCUGCACUCUAAUCAUCCGAUAUCGUAUCAACAACGCAGCGAAGAUAUCCACACGGUUAUAAGCAGGGAUUGUUUGAACUGUCAAAUACGUUACCUACCACAAUGGCGGUCUUAAAGACGUGUGCGUGAAAAGAGAUCCAAAGCAAGAUUGAUACCUUAGACUUGCUGUUUGUUAUCUAUAUAACUAUGUAUAAAAGAUAUAAAUGUA